AGAAGAAAAAAGCAAUCUGGAGCUCCUCGAGACGUGACGGGACACGCGCUGCUGCAAGAGGACCGCCAAGAUCAUGAGGGGGACGAACAUCAAGGCCAUGAAUCGAGGCAGAUUCCGCCCCAUUUUGCGUGAUUAGAUUUCAUUUCUUCCGAGCGUGAAGGGGCAACAUGGAACGCGCCCAGAGCCCGAGGCCCGAGCAGUCCUGUCAAAGCACGCACGAGCCCAUUCGCUUCGGCAUCGACCAGAUCCUGGGCUCCUCGGACAGCGCCCCGGGGAGUCCGGCCGGGACCACCGCGGCGCCCCUCACCUCCCUGCGCGCCGCCAGGGUCGCUGUGCCGGGCUCUCUGGAGGGGUCAGGGCUGUAUGGGGGCAGCAGAACGGUGGGUCACCGGGGGGUGAUCAGGGUUCCCGCUCACAGGCCGCUGACCACCGCCGUCCCACCGCCCAUGGUGAGCGCGGCAGCAGCAGCAGCGGCGGCGGCGGCGGGGGGCUAUGGGGCGCUCUGCUUCCCCUGGGUGGAUCACAGCCGCAGAUUCACCGCCAAAGACAGACUGGCAGUUCCAGCUCUCCUCCCUCUGAGCCUGACCCGGAGGGUUGGUCACCCCUACCAGAACCGCACGCCCCCCAAGCGGAAAAAGCCGCGCACUUCCUUCAGCCGCGUGCAGAUCUGCGAGCUGGAGAAGCGCUUCCACAGGCAGAAGUAUUUAGCCAGCGCCGAGCGCGCGGCUCUCGCCAAGAGCCUCAAAAUGACCGACGCUCAAGUCAAAACGUGGUUCCAGAACCGCAGGACCAAAUGGAGGAGACAGACAGCAGAGGAGAGGGAGGCGGAGCGUCAGCAGGCCAAUCGGAUGCUGCUCCAGCUGCAGGCCGAUGCACUACAGAAGUCCAUCAGUGAAUCAGUGUCUGUAGAUCCUCUCUGUGUGCAUAAUUCCUCUCUGUAUGCCCUGCAGAACCUGCAGCCGUGGGCUCAGGACAAACCAGGCAAACUGGCCACCACUUCAUCACUGGCCUAAAACAGCACUAGCAGUGAUAAACUGCCUUUGAGGUCAAGAUCUUGAGCACUUAGGAUCUGUUGCAGUUACACAGGAUUUGUGCAGAUCUUUUAAAAACCUGUAUUACCCUGUCAUAUCUUUGAAUACAGGCCCAGAAUUAUACUGCAGUGAUGCAGGAGUGUAGUCAAAGUCAGCAAGAGGUGUUGCAUCCAAAUAUGCAAAGUUUUCCGUCUGCAAAGUGACCGUCUCAGUCAUAUCUGAGGUUUGAAGCUAAUCUAUGAGGUUGAGCUAAUCCUGGUCCAAGUCAUAAAGCUCAGCAUUUAGAUACAUGUGCGUUGGCCAUUACAUUUAGAAUUUGAAAACUUUCUAAAAUGUAACAAAGUUUUGUUUCAUAAGGAGAGAAACAUUAGGUAAAUAUAGUUGGAGAGGAUCUUUAGACUUUCUAAGCCUUCAUAGGAACACACAAAAUGUCCAAACAGCCCUGCGGAGACAUUUCUCCUUCAAUCACUGUGUAGUUCGUCUGCAAUAUCUCCUGUUGAUGUGUUGUUGGCACAGUUUUUUUGGGCUGUGGAGUAUUCAGUUACAUGCUUGACUUUUUAUAUGAAUGGGAAUAGUGUACAUUUCAUACUCGUUUACAAUAACUGUUUACCUGCCCUGAUUGUUUAUGUGCCCUGUGACUAAUCAGCAGGUGAAAGAAUAUUCCUGGGACCGUGUUACCAUAAUGGCAGUGUUAAUGUUCUAGCUGUGGCCUGUGUCUUGGCCGAGUUUACUGCCAAAAAUGCUGGCAUGUGGUAAUCCUGGAGCCAAAGCACAAUAAUGAACUUGAUCCCUGUAGAUUCUGUACGCUUGGAAGAACAUGUUUGUGAAAACCUGCGGAAGAAUUCCUUUCACUUUUUGUAAGCAGUCUUUUCCUGUUGAAAAACAAAAUGUUCCAAAACUUUUUAAGUCCAGAUCAUUUUUUUGUAAUCAUACAUUCUUAAAAAGAUGGUUCUUCAAUGCUUCUUUAGUAAAGACAAGCUUGUAAUAACAGAAGAGCACCUUUUUGGUGUUUUAUAUAUAACCAUAUUCAAAAAGCCUCUAUAUGGUCCUUCCUAAAGAACCCUUAAGGAACCAUCUUUUUAAGAUUGUUUCGGCAAUUCAAUUAACCACCAGUGAUACAACAUCCAGGACCAGAAACUGGAUUUAAGUCCAGAGUUGAAGACCUAGGGUCUAAACUUUGUUGGUCAAUUUUCCAGUCAAGGGUGAAGCUUAGUCCUAGACCAGAAGUCUUCAAAUUCAGACCUUAAAUCCAGUGUCCGGUCAUGUAUUUUGUGUUCACUCUUGAUUAACUGACCUAUUGGUGUAACCAAUUGGCCACCUACUGUUAUGCCUUCUGGUGACUGUAAACUCCAGGGCUGAAAACUGAAUUCAGGUCUGUCCUAAACUAAAGUUAACAUUUUUAGUCUAGAAAUCUAUGUAUGAAAAUCUAGGCCUAUAUUCUAAAUGUUUGGACUGUGGGUGGAAAAUGUGUAUAAGAAAAUCUACAAAACAAUGUUAUGUAAAUAAUAUUGAUCAUAAUAUCUGUUCUAAGAUGUUUUGACAGAUGUUUGUCUUUCUUGAUAUGUUUAUAAUUUAAACAAAAUGGUUGUAAAAUAUAUAUAAAAAAAAACAAUCCACAUUAUUCUUUGAAAAUUUUUAUUGUUAAAUAUCAUUUUAUACAGCAACAAGAAAUUAUGUUUCCUGUGUCUGUCUGCCUGCUUGUCUGUCUGUUCGUCUAUCUGUCUAACGUGCUUCAGUCUGGGGCACAAUCAGCAACGUGUUUUCAAAAAAGAGCGACUGAUUGGUUCAUCGGUUGUGCGCAAAACAUAAUUCAUAGUUCUGUAUUUGAAAAUAAUCCAUGGAGAGGUAAAUAUGGGCCAUGGUGUACAUGCUGGUUCCUCUUCCUCAGGAGUCUGGUCACAGUGAGUGCAGAUGUGGCUGUAUGAGUAUUGCACAUUACUCAGUUUCAAUAGCUCAUCUUAAACACUUGAUCAUUUGUGAGUGUGUUGAUUGGAGGUUCCAAGUAAUAGCCGUCGUAAGUUCUGUGAUAACGCCAGGAUUCUGUAUAAUUUCACUGUGAAAUAUUGGAAAGAAAAAUACUGACUAGUUGAGAAAGAAGAAGGUGUUAAAUCCUGCCUCAGCACAACUGUGUGGUAAUUAGAUUCAGUAGACGAAGCUGUCAGGCUUGAUCCCAACCGAACACAGCUGUUUUUUCUCCAGACAGUAGCUAGAAAUCUAGCUGUUUGGUGAUUUUGUUAUCUUUUUCCAUAAAGCCCAUCUCUCAGCACUUUAGCACAGUGGGUGGUUUUGUAUGCGCUCUUAAAAUAAAGGUUCAUUAAGGUGAUUCCAGAUGGAUUAAUUCUUUAAAGAAGCAAUUUUGUAAGGUUUGUAUGAAGAACUUUUUACAUAACUUUUUAAUCCACGUAAUGUAAUGAAGGUAAGUUUUAUCCUAGAACUGUACGUUCAAACCAAGAACCAUUAAAGAACCAUUAUUGUUAAGAGUGCCAAAUAAUGAGUAAAACACAGUUGAUUUUUAAGAAAGAGCAAUAACAUAAACAAUAUUUAUGUACCCAUAAGACGUUUUGAGUAUUAGCCACAUGUGGCACAUACACUUCAUGCCCAGAAGAUUGUAGAUGUCUGCUCACCCACCAUUUCUGCUGAAAUCAAGGAUAUUAAUGCAGAGUUUGUCAUCCUUUUGCUGCCUCUACUCUUCUGGGAAGGCUUUACACUAGAUGUUGAAACAUUGCUGUGAAGAUUUGAUUGCAUUUAGCUACAAGGGCAUUAGUGAGGUCAUGUACUGAUGUUAGAUGAUUUUGGCUCACAAACCCCAAAGGUAUUAGAUGGUGCUCCAUUAUUCCAGUGAACGCAGAUCCACUGCUCCACAACCCAAGGCUGGGGGGACUUUAUACCCCUCUAGCCGAUUGAUUGGUCUUGGUAAUCAUAAGCUUAUGUGCGGUUGCCACAGAGCAUCCUUUUCUACUGGUAAUGCUUUUCUAUAGGGAUUCUACAAUUGUGCAAUUAAUCAAUGGGUGCAUAUUAAUGUGGCUGAGUUCAUUAAGUAGAAGGGGUGCCUGGAUUCUUUUGGACAUGUAGUGUAUGUUGCAGCCCAUUUUGUUCCAUAAUGAACAGCUUAUUCAGUACAGUGCAUUAUAAGUACAUAAUGCUUUCAAUACAUUAUAAAUAUCAUGUUAAAACAGUAUUAAUUACAAUUUUGAGGAGGACAAUAAAGAUAGGGAGGAACAUACAGUUGUGGACCGGAUAACUGUACAGACGUCCACUGUUACUGCAAAGUCUCUAAACUGAAAUAAUGGCUUACUUACUCCUUUUGCAAUCUUAAAAGCAUUUUUUGCCUAGAAAUAAUUCUCUCUAUCUCCUCUCUCCCUCUCUCUCUCUCUCUCUCUGGGUCCUCAUCACAGUGUGUGGAGAUAUGGCUAUAAAAUAAUCAAGCAGUACUUAUUUUGGUAAUUCACAGUUUUCACACAUUGAAACAGAAAACAUACCAACAAAGCAAGGUUUAGAUUGAGGAACGUACAGUCAUGGACUGGAUAACUGUAGUGUUCACAGAAGUCUAUGUUACUGAUGUAAUCUGGCAAUGUAUAAUAUAAAGAGCACACAGUGACUUCAAAUUCCAACCUACUGUAAACAGUAUCUGUCAGAUAUCACAGAGCACCGACUUACACAGGCAGGACUUCCCUAAAUAUCUGACAAUGUCAGACAGAGAUACAGACAGACAGACUGAUCUGGACAGAUCUAAGGCCAAUAAACAAGCACAAACACACAAACAACAUAACAAUAUUGUAGCACAAAUACACACAGACGACAGAAACACACACAGACCAGACUCAACAUUUCGAGCAAGCGGCAGCACAGAAACGUCGCAGCAAUCUGAUUUUCCACAAAUAAUACAGUUCAACACACUACCAGGGACUUAACAGUACUGUGAGACGGUGUAGAAUAGGGAGCAACACUCAGAAACAGACCGACUGAACCUUACAGACAGAAGUCUAGAGUUAUGUUUGUUCCAAGCUAAUAUCACCUAUUCAGUACACAGAAAACAGCUAAACAAUGGCCACAUAUACAGAUAGCUUAUCUAUUCAUAUCUCUUCAUAAGGUCAAUUCCAAAGUACCUCAAGACCAGGAGCCCAUAAUUUACCUCAAAUUAUUUUCCUAAGAUCCCAUAAGAUUAUAUAAAAUAUAACUCUCUUUCUCAAGCUAAAGCUACCAAACAUAUUAACCUUUACGCUAAAUAUUAGGCUAAAUAUUAAAUAUAUUUGUUUAUACACUAACAUGCUUCCUUCCUUCACUGAAGGGUUUCCAUUCAAACGUUUUAUUAGCUGCAACACCAUCACCUGUCAAGCAACCGUAGGUCUGUCUUUAGACCAGAUGGAAGAAAACAUUAAGGUUUUGCCAUCAGGCCAGUAUGACGUUUAUGUUUAAACUUUCUUUUUUUGUACAUACCAAGUCUUUCCAAAUGGCUUUAACACCUCCUGUGCUUCUAAGUGUCUAAUAUAGAAGGGCUUUGAGGCAUGGGGCUCACCAUGGGAGCAGCACAGGAGAUUUGUUCUUAAGACCUAUUUACAGUUUCAAGUCAAACUACGGUUGGUCUGGAUGAAAGAAAACUUGGGGUUUGUGCUUGUAGCAAAUAGAAAAAGAGGUUGCACUGUGGUUGGAGUAAUAGUUGUUUGUGUGAUUUAUAGGUUCUACAAUGUUUGACAUUUGUUCUGUACUAACCAGCUCAUCUGACCAAUCACAAGUUUCACCUUGUUAUUUAUCUCUAACUUUGGCCGCUCUAGAAACAGUAGUAAAUAGGCCACUUAACGGUGCAUCUCAAAAUGAUAAGAACAUUAGUUCUACAAGUUCUUGGACCUCAGAAAAUUUUCUUCCAAACCUAUUCUCUCAUUUUUUUUCUAAAUGUCAGAAAUCUGUCCUAUAACCUUAUGAUCUAAAACUUCAGAAAGUGUGCUCUAAACCCUAUUUGAGACCACAUAAUAAGCCUCAGGUGUGGAUAACAUCUUAUUAACUGCUAACUGAUCAGGUUUAACAUUAAGCAUGUUAACUAUGAAGAGGAACAGGAACUUGGCCGAAUGGUCUAGUGACAGAUUUCAGAAGGUCAGGUUUCCUGGAUAGCAAGCCAACAAUGUCGAUAUUACUAUGGUAACGUGCCCUGACUACGCACAUAGUGGUGUAGCACUGAUGUCCAGCUAGGUUACAGAAACAGGUGCUACAGGUUACCAUGGUGAUAUAAACAGAAGAAGACAGAGUAGCCUCUUCUUUGCCUCCUUCUGGAAAA